AUGCGUGAGGUUAUCUCGAUCCACGUUGGACAGGCCGGAGUCCAAAUCGGAAACGCUUGCUGGGAGCUUUACUGCCUCGAGCACGGAAUCCAGCCCGAUGGAACGAUGCCAACGCAGUCAACGAACAACGGCGAGUCCUUCACCACUUUCUUCUCGGACACUGGAUCCGGCCGUUACGUCCCAAGAUCGAUUUUUGUCGAUCUUGAGCCAACUGUCGUCGACGAGAUCCGCACAGGAACCUACAAGAAGCUCUUCCACCCAGAGCAGAUGAUCACCGGAAAGGAAGAUGCCGCCAACAAUUACGCUCGUGGACACUACACCGUCGGAAAGGAGCUCAUCGACACCGUGCUCGAUCGGAUUCGUCGUCUUGCCGACAACUGCAGUGGACUUCAAGGAUUCUUCGUCUUCCACUCGUUCGGAGGAGGUACUGGAUCCGGAUUCACUUCCCUUCUCAUGGAGCGUCUUUCCGUCGACUACGGAAAGAAGUCCAAGCUCGAGUUCUCGAUCUACCCGGCCCCACAGGUCUCAACUGCCGUCGUUGAGCCAUACAACUCCAUUCUCACCACACACACUACCUUGGAGCACUCCGACUGUGCGUUCUUGGUUGACAACGAGGCCAUCUACGACAUCUGCAGAAGAAACUUGGACGUUGAGCGCCCAAGCUACACUAACCUUAACAGAAUCAUCUCUCAGGUAUACCAGAUCGACUCCAUAUUACAGAAGGAUCAUUCAACGCUUUCAGGUCGUCUCCUCGGUCACUGCCUCUCUGAGAUUCGCUGGAGCCCUCAACGUCGAUCUCAACGAGUUCCAGACCAACUUGGUGCCAUACCCAAGAAUCCACUUCCCACUCGUCGCCUACACUCCGCUGAUCUCCGCUGAGAAGGCUUACCACGAGGCUCUCUCCGUCAGCGACAUCACAAACAGCUGCUUCGAGCCAGCCAACCAGAUGGUCAAGUGCGAUCCACGCCACGGAAAGUACAUGGCUGUGUGCCUCCUGUACAGAGGGGACGUCGUUCCGCAGGACGUCAACACUGCCAUCGCUGCCAUUAAGACCAAGAGAACCAUCCAGUUCGUUGACUGGUGCCCAACCGGAUUCAAGGUCGGAAUCAACUAUCAGCCCCCAACCGUUGUUCCGGGAGGAGAUCUCGCCAAGGUGCCACGCGCCGUCUGCAUGCUCUCCAACACCACCGCCAUCGCUGAGGCCUGGUCUCGUCUUGACUACAAAUUCGAUCUGAUGUACGCCAAGCGCGCCUUCGUCCACUGGUAAGACUGACAAUUCAGAGAAUAUUAUCAUGUAAUCCUCUUUUUCCAGGUACGUCGGAGAAGGAAUGGAGGAGGGAGAGUUCACCGAGGCCCGUGAGGACUUGGCUGCUCUUGAGAGGGACUACGUGGUGGUCGGCGCCGACUCAAACGAUGGAGGAGAGGAGGGAGAGGAAUAUUGA